AUGCUGAGCAGUCGAUACCGUUUCUUUUUAGCCGUUUCCUUGUUCUGUUUGACAAACCAGUACAAGGUCAGUGGCGCGCGAGAGCACGAACCGAGACUUGACCCCAGAAAAUGGAAACUGCGCAGUACCCAAAUCGGAGUCGCUGAAGCGAGCCUAGCGCCGGUAAAGCAACACGACACCAGCGUAACGAAGCCGGAUCGAACCAUGUUAGGCAUUUACGCCAAUACACAAAGCCCGGCAGCGAUAACUGAUGAUGUGUUCGAAAGCGGAAACCAACGAGGAGCAGACGCAAAUAAACAUUCUUAUGCUUCUGGUCUCGGUCGGAAUGAUCGACCACAUCGCGCGCAAAUGAGACGUCGACACGGGCACAGUGUCGUGAAGAGUCGCCGACGAAGAUUCCGACGCGGAAUAUUUACUACAACGCUCGACACUCAGUUCGAAACGAACGACACUGCGGGUAAAGGAAACCGAAUUCACAGCAAGGAGAGUUAUAAGCGGGGAAUGACGAUUAACAUGACGCUAUCCGUCCCGAAGUUGGAAAUGUGCGUUCAUAUCUGUUUAUCGAACACGCUAUGUACCAAUGCCUCUUUUCAUGCGGAAAAAUCGACCUGCACCCUGACGGGUAACGGGGAUGACAGGAUGGAAGAGAAGCGUCAAAGAGUCAAAGACAAAAAUGAUGAAAUCGGAAACAAGUGGCGCGGUCCAAUCGAGAUCAAAAUUCGUAUUUCAGAAAAUGGUGAAACGAAAACGUUCAGAAUAAACAAAUCAAAACUAAAGGUAGGUAAGGCGAGUAAAAAAAAAAGUACUUGCUCUUAUGAUAUCAGUAACGCUAGCAUUCAUUCCUGA